AUGGUACCUGUUCCUCGCUCAGUCGAGGUCGAAGCCCAUGCCAUCCCCAUCGCCUUUCUCAAGGCGUAUCCAUUUCCCGCCUUUGUCCUUCGCAUUAGAGCUGCGCCAGGCCACAAUGAUAUGCGCAGAGAAUCAUCUGCUAGCUUGGAGACUGAUCUGCAGGACGCCAACGUCCCAGGUUUACCAACACCCAGAAUCUCGCCCCCUCUCCUCGCCCACCUUGACGCUGUAAAUGGCAACCGUGACCUGCACACAGCUUCACCCCCGCUCCACCGGGACCUCGACUUUGUGCAUGCUCCGAUGCCAGCGUAUGCACCUCAUCUCCUCGUCUGGGCAAAUGACGCGUGGACCAACCUGUCGGAUGGCUGCUACUUUCGUGACAUUGUGGAGCCACACGCCCUGGUCGCGUUUGAAAGCUGGGUGCAGAGCGACUCGACAAAGGACAACACCUGCAAGUUGUCACUCCCCCGACAACACGUCACUCUCCACCUGGUCAAGACGCGACAUGUCAUCCCCACUUCGGCCCCGUGCUUUGGCACAUGCCCCUACGCGUUCGUUGUCAUCACAUCCGUGCAGAUAACUCAGAUGGCUGGAACAACGGCUGUGGGCUCGUUGCAGACGCCGUCAGCUAUAGCCCAGAAAGGACUCGCUGCUGGCAUGCAGAGCAAGUCACCUGGAGGGCGAUACGGCGACCGAGACCCCAUGACACCACGUCGAAAACCGGAAGCCACAGGGCGAAACACAAAAAGCCUGCUGCGAGACGAGAACUCAACAUCCGAGCCCAACCGUGAAGCCUUGCGCAAAGGACGCAGCGCACCCGACUCUUUUGGCGUUUUUGAUGUCACUGCGCGCCGACAGCAAGCUCUGAUCCAAUGCCGAGAUUUGUUCAAGCAAACAGAUUGGUCCAAGACUCCGUUGGGCCCUUUGUCUGGCUGGCCAACCGAGGUCACCACAAUGGUCCAGGUCGUACUCGACUCGCCAACUCAAGACGCCAUUUGGCUCGGAGAAAACCAGACCAUGAUCUAUAACCAGCACUACGCUCAGUUCGUGCCCCACCCACAGUCGUUUGCACGGCCUGCGUGUGAAGUGUGGUUCCACGUGUGGGACAUCCUGUCAGGCUUAGCGGAACGGUGCAUGGAGGGUGAGCCCAUCUACGUGGAAGACCGAAUCAUCUUCUACCUCCGAGGGGACCGGGGUCACUUUCUGGAACGAUACCACACGUGGUCCAUGCUUCCCAUCCACCUUAAGGAUGAUCCCGAAGGCCGCCCAAAGGCCAUCUACUUGUCUUCGUUUAACACUACCGACAAGGUCAUUGCUUCUCGACGACUUGAUACGUCACGCGUUCUCGUCGAGUCGCUUGUCCCCGUUACCACUACCGCCGAGUACUUCCACACCGUGGCCCAGGUCAUUGACGAUAACCGCACCGACCUUCCCUUUGCGAUUCUUUACAGCGUGUCAGCGCAAAACGAACAAGCCUUGUCUGCCGAUCCGACCGGGACGCGCACUGUGGAUAUCCGCCUGGAAGAAACAGCCGGUGUCCCGGACGACCAUCCAAAUGUUCCGCGUCAGCUGUCCCUGACAGUCCCCGUAUCCCAUACCUCGCCAUAUGCGGCAACCUCCGACGUGGAGCGCGCCGAUCGCGUGUCCGACUGGCUUUCAUCGUCUCCUGCCCCAUCUGUCAGGUCCUUCGGAUCAAACAACCCAGGAGGCCGGCAGCCUGUCAUUACCAGUCCAGAAACGGGGUCGUGGCCCAUUCACAAGGCUCUUACAACGGGUAACUGUGUCCUUGUCGACUGUUCCGAGCUGGUAAAGGGCUUUGAGAUUCGCCAAUGGGAUGUGCUGCCAGACCGAGCCCUGGUCAUUCCUAUCCUCACUGAUGGCGGCAGAACUCCUCGCGCUGUCGUUAUUAUUGGACUCAACGUUUGUGCUGCGUUUGACCCCGAAUACGAGGACUGGAUCAACAUCAUGCGCGGACAUCUCACAGCAUCGCUGGCCAGUGUCCAAGCAUUCGAAGCCCAGGUCUCUGCUCAACUCGAGAGCGAGCGCAUCGAACGAGCCAAGUCGGCAUGGCUUCGCAGUGCUGCCCUUGAACUCCGUUCACCCAUCACCCUCAUCGCAGGUCCAUUGGAUGAGCUCCUGAUGUCUGAGCUCAGCUAUCGACAGCGACACACGCUCAAGAUCGCUCAGCGGAACGUGUACCGGCUUCAGCAGCUUGUUUCGUCCCUGCUCUUCUUUGGUCGCGUGGAGCAAGGCGCCGUACGGCCCCAAUUUGUGCCCCUUGAUUUGGCCAAGUUCAUCACCAGCCUUACCGACUUGUUCCGGCAGCCUGUCGAGCGGCUUCGCAUUGACUUCCGCGUUGAGAUUGAGCCAUACGCCGGGUUUAUUGUUUUUGACCCGCUAAUCAUUGAAACGGUAUUGUCCAACCUCAUCAGCAGCACUAUUAAAGCGAGCAAGAACGGUACAAUAACUGUGCGUGUGUCAUACACGUCGGAACAGGCAGAUAUCGCGAUCUUCACGACGUCCGUGUUACCAGAGGUCGAGUUUGCCGCCGAACACAACGUUGUCGACGGAGGCGCUGCAUCGGAUCCGACAACAGCAGGGCUGGGACUAGGUCUUGUCCUUGCCAAUAAGCUACUUCUACUCCAUGGCGGCUCCCUUAUGGUUCGCCGCACGUGCGCCGAGGACAUCGGUGUUGGCAAAGGAUCGGCUGUCAUCUCGCGUCUGCCGUUGCGUCACGAGUCGCCAGAAGAGGAGGACGCGCCGCUUGACACUCCGUUCGGAUCAUACGGUCGUGAGAUGGCCAAGGACAUACUACGCGUGAUGGUGGACGACGACGACCACAGCAGCCACAGCGGCGAGUCGUCCAAUCAGAGCAACGUGUACUCGUUUGCCGAGGGCCUCAUGUUCGAGGAAUCCGAUCAGCUACUUCUGGUGGAUGACAACCACGAGAUCCGCGACUACAUCAAAGGUCUCUUUGAGCCGCUCUGCCGAGUUGUCGAGACCGCAAGUGCCUUGGAGGCCCUACAGCUUGCGAAACAGUCCCUCCCCAACCUCAUUCUCGCCGACAUGUCCUCGCCACAGAUGUCUGGUGAACAGUUCUUGCAAGAACUCCGAAGCGACCAGGCUACACGCAUGAUACCUGUCGUGUUCCUGUCCAGUUCCGCCGAUGACGGAGAGGCCCAACUCAGCGCGCUGAUGGCUGGUGCAGAAGACUUCCUGAACAAACCGUUCAAGCCCAAGGAACUGCUACUGCGUGUCAACUUGCAUAUGCAGAUGGGCAAGAAGCGCGCCACUUUGGAGACCCUGUUCGCGCAACGCGAGCAAGAGUUGGCUGUGCUCUCCGACCACUGCCCAACUGGCAUUAUGCGAGCCGACAAACACGGCGUAGUCACCUACGCCAACCAGGCUUUCCGUGAAAUGGGCGGCAUGUCGCUAAACGAAAUGUUCACAGACUGGACCGAUUAUGUUGACGACGAGACGGAGUCACGUAUCGUACCACUAUGGGCGGACACAGUCGCCGGUAGCCGCAAGACGACUCAUGCCGAGUGGAAGUGGCGGAACGGCCGCAUCAUGUCUGGUGUUUUCAUCCGUCUCGACCAAGUCAGGCCUGGCAUGUCGGGCAUCAUCGGCUGCGUGACCGACAUUACCUACCAAGAGGAGAAGCUUUUGGAAGCCGAACGUCGUCGCGUCGAGGCGGAAGAGAGCAAACACCAGCAGGAGCUACUUGUCGACCUCACAUCGCAUGAGAUCCGCACACCAGUCUCGGCGAUUCUGCACUGCUCGUCCUUGGUUCUCGAGAAUCUCGUCUGCCUCAGGAGGGAGCUACAGCUUAUGGGGCCCGAGGGUUUCCACCCUACUCCCGAGAAUCUUCAAGAGCUGGAAGAGGACAUUUUGGCACUCGAAAGCAUCCACCAGUGUGGUUUGGUCCAGGAGCGCAUUGCGGGAGAUGUGUUGUCGCUGGCGCGUAUUCAACUCGACAUGCUGAGUCUGCACGAGAUCGACAUCGACGUGCAGGCCGAGGCGCACAAGGUCCUCGGCGUGUUCGCUAGCGAGGCGCGUUUCAAGAAGAUUGACAUCAACCUCGACUUUGGCCCGUCGUUCGAGGCCAUGGGUAUCAAAUCGGUCAAGACCGACCCGGUACGGCUUGGGCAAGUCGUCACCAACCUAGUCACCAAUGCCAUUCGCUUCACGACCUAUUCCGAGCUUCGUCAGAUCUUUGUCCAUUACGAUGUCGCAUGGAUCCCUCCGGCCCUCGGAACGUGCGAAUUCCCAGAGAAUGCCAGUGCACGUCCCCCAGCACAGGUCCCGGAAGGAACGCCAGUGUACCUCUUCGUCAGCGUGCGCGACACGGGUCCUGGCAUGAACCGGAGCGAGGCAGAAAACUUGUUCAAACGCUUCCGACAGGGCAAGGUCAUGAUUCACACGGCAUACGGCGGAUCUGGUCUCGGAUUAUUCAUCUGCAAAAAGAUCACCGAGCUCUGCCGUGGCAACAUCGAGGUGCUGAGCGUGGAUGGCGCGGGCAGCACAUUCCGAUUCUGGAUUAAAACUCAUACAACUGCCCCGAGCUCACCAGUCAAUGUCAUCCGCAAGCAGGUGGAAGAGCUCGAUCUCUCAAUGGACGCCAAGAGGGUGUGGCCUCUCAGCCAACCGAUUGGUUCUGCAGGCCUCACACCCCGACAUGCACCGCCCACAUCGUCGCUGGCGACUGCUCCCGCAGGACUGCCAUCAACAUUACAUGUUCUCAUCGUUGAUGACAACCUUAUCAACCAGACGGUCCUCAAGCGUCAGAUCCGAAAGGCUGGUUUGACCUGCCAGACGGCAGACGACGGUCAACAGGCACUGGAUCGCAUCUACGCCUCCCAGCCAUCCGCUACUGACCCGGACAACCCCCCCUUCGAUGUUGUCCUCAUGGACAUUGAGAUGCCCGUUAUGGACGGUCUCACUGCCGUCCGCCACGUGCGCGAGGACGAGGCGUCGGGCAAGAUCCAGCCCCAGAUCGUCAUUGCGUUGACUGGCAAUGCCCGUCCCGGGCAGAUGGAGAAUGCACGUCUGGCCGGCAUGGAUGAUGUGGUUACGAAACCAUAUCGUCUGCCCGAGCUUUUGGACAAGAUGCGCACCGCGGUCCAGGCCCGCCGCGAGAACGCAGACGCCGAGGCAUAA